AUGCCUCAACUUGAUAAAUUAACUUAUUUCUCACAAUUUUUCUGGUUAUGUCUUCUCAUCUUUACUUUUUAUAUUCUCUUAUUUAAUAAUAAUAAUGGAAUACUUGGAAUUAGUAGAAUUCUCAAACUACGGAACCAACUGCUUUCGCGCCGAGGGGGCGAGAUCCGGAGCAAGGACCCUAAGAAUCUAGAAGAUAUCUCGAGAAAAGGUUUUAGCACCGGUCUCUCAUAUAUGUACUCCAGUUUAUCCGAAGUAUCCCAAUGGUGUAAGACCAUCGACUAUUUGAGAAAAAGGAGGAAAAUCACUCUGAUCUCUGAUUUCGGAGAAAUAAGUGGCUCACGAGGAAUGGAGAGACAAAUUCUCUAUUUGAUCUCGAAGUUCUCAUAUAACACUUCUUCCAGUCGGAUCACUUGUUGGAAAAACAUAAUGCUCACACAUGUUCCACACGGGCAAGGAAGCAUAGUAUUAUGAUGAAAA